AUGCCAUCGCCGAGAACUUCGUUCAGUCUCGCUGGAGUGUAUGCAGGCCUACCGUCUUUCCCGGCUACUUCCACUUCAUCCGCAGCUCCAACCAUUCCUCCCCAUCGUGACAGUUAUGUGCAUCAACGUGAAUUGGAAUCUGCCUUUUGUCGGGAUCUCGUGUGCUGCGAUCAACGAUUCACCGAUUUCCAUGACCUCAUGCAUCAUUAUGAAGAGCACCGAUUGCAGACAGACGUAGAAGAAGUCACACCAACCAAAGAAGAACACGAUACCUCCAUGUAUACAGACACUGACAUGCUGCGGCAGCCGACAGUGGAGCCCACCAUGGCAAAUGCUGCGAAUGCUACCAACGAACUGAAUGCCGAUGAUUUAUCCAAGCUCUUACUAUCCACUCCGUUUCCUUUCGUUCCCGAGCACUACACACCCCACCCGUAUGUCAUGUCCGCCCCCCAAAGUCCCAUCCUAGGCAUGCACGAUUAUUCCCAAGAAUAUCCCUUUAUCGUGAAUGAUGCCGAUACGACCGCAGCGGACAAACCUUAUAAAUGUGAAGUACCGGGAUGUGAUAAAGCUUACAAGAAUCCAAACGGACUGAAAUAUCAUCGAGCGCACGGCCAUUGUGACGAUAAUUCGAGCGAAAUGGAUGCCCAGAAGCCUUAUGUGUGUAACUUUGGCAUCUGUCGAAAACGAUACAAAAAUGCAAACGGUCUAAAAUAUCAUGUUGAACACUCUCACUUGGCCAAACUCAAUCAAUCUUACAGCGUACCGUCCAGUCCCGUGGUCUCCACCCAACCAUUGCAUUAUCCAUGGCAGCAUCCACUCAGUUAA